AUGGGUAGGAAGACGAAGAGGGAGAAGAAGGGAGAAGAGUUAUCACCAAUCCUCCCGCACGAUCUCACAGUCGAAAUACUAUCAAGACUACCAGUGAAGUCUAUUGUACUAUUUAAGUGUGUAUGCAAGUCUUGGCUCACCAUGUUCGCAGAUUCUCAAUUUAUCAAGCUUCACCUCACACGGUCUAACAACUCUAAACUCGUCCUCACACAUUCGUUUAACUUUCUGGGAUAUCUUCCUCCUCCAAGUCUCUGUGUGUCGUCUUGCGGUGGCAUGGUUGAAGACCAGGGGAGUACUAGGAUUGACGUUGAUGGAAUUCAUAUCUUAAAUGAUGAUCAUAUGUAUGAUAAUGAUGAUGAUGGUGAUGGUUAUGAUUAUGAUUAUGAUGGUAAUCAUAAGAAUACAGGGAUGAUGAGUAUAGACGGAUCUUGUCGUGGCUUGGUGUUAUGCCAUUUUACCGAUUACCACACGUUAUACUUGGUGAAUCCGUCAACUGGAGAAGUGUUUAAAUUGCCAGACUCACCAUUUAAAAAUUCUGCUGAUGUUGCAUCUUUUGGACUUGGCUAUGAUUCAUCCCUUGAUGACUACAAGGUUGUAGUAGUCUCAUUAUCAAUGUUUUUGAAUGGCAAAUUCCACUGGUUCGAUGAAGAUGGGAGUACAAUUGUUUCUCUUAGUUUAGAUGAGGAAAAAUUCGGAGAUGUUCCAUUACGUCCUGGUUAG